AUGAACGUGUUUCUCAAGGACAUAGCUCCGGCGGCGCAGAACAUCAUAAACACGCGUUUCAUCAUCCUCGACAAAGCCAGAUCUCCGGCGGGGGCGACAAACGGAAAAAGUUGUAUCGCGUUGGCGGCGGAUGAAACGGCGGCGGUUCACAUACAGCUUUGGGGAGAGGAGUGCGAUGCGUUCGAAGCAGGCGAUAUCGUGAAGCUCACCAACGGGAUAUUCUCGUACGUGCGAAACAGUGGCCUCGUUCUAAGAGCUGGGAAACGUGGGAAGAUGGAGAAGAUGGGUGAGUUCACGAUUGCGUUUGUUGAAACGCCAAACGUUAGUGAGAUCCAAUGGAAUCCUGAUCCGGAGAAUCCCAAACGCUAUAUUCAGAACGGUGCCGUUUCAGCNUAUUCCCGUGUUUUUCCUUCUUUGCCUUGA